AUGUCUCGGGAAACGAUUUCCGAAAAAAGGCAGGUCCAAUUUAUCAAGUGGACAAAACCUGCAGCGCACCAAACACUACCUCAACAAGUGAUAACAUUCUUAAGAAAUGAAUUGAUACUCGGCAAACAUGUUGACCACAUUUCUGCGUCUCUUCUAAUAUGGAUGAAAACGAACAAACACGAGAUAAAUGAAAUAGUAAAGCUAAUAGAUAAGUACACGGUAAAUUCUGCUAAAAAGGACUCGGACGAGCAGGAUGCCAGUAUUCGAUGGCUACUUGGUUUCAUCUAUCAGUACGGCGUAGGAACCGAUGAAGAUGAAAUAGAUGCGUAUGAUUAUUACAAGGAAUCAGGCAACACAUAUAAUUAUUUAGGAUUAUAUUCACUUGGCCGUUGUUACCAGACAGGUUAUGGUGCUAUAAAAGAGACCGACAUGGCCGAAAGGUUUUAUAGGGGGUCAGCCGCUCAAGGAUUUACACCGGCAAUAUACAACCUGGUCGAUAUGUAUGCGUCCGAAGGAGACGGCGAGCAGGCGUUCAUGCUAUUAAAGCAAACAGCAGAUCAGGGUGAUUCGACUGCUCUAUGCAAGCUCUCGAGUUGGUAUUCUCGCAGAAAAGGGGUAGCGAAAAGUGAAGCCCAAGCAAUAAAUUGUCUUGUGAAAGCAGUUGAUUUGGGCAACCCUAUAGCGAUGUGCGAAUUUGGCGUGCGUCUUCUAUAUGGUCAAGGUGUUGCGUCAGACGAACGGAGAGCCAUCAGUUUGUUGAGGUUGGCAUCUGUUUUUGAGAUUGAUACCGCAUAUGAAAAUCUGGGUAAUUGUUAUGAGAGAGGAAUUGGUACAGACGUUGACUUGCGGGAAGCUAUCGAGUAUUAUCGGCUCGCAUUUAGGACGGCUCGAAAUGACACUGAUAAAACACGUUAUUCGACUGCUAUUGCAUCAGUUAAAGCAAAGCUUAGAGUUAGGACUCCCGGUAAUAAAGAGUUUCAGUCUAUCGAAUGGAUGCAGCCUGUUCACACAUCCCAGUCAACUCUGGUUUCUCUGGAAACCAUACCCUUCAGUUUAUCGAAUAGAUUAAACCUACAACACGCGAACAUUAAUGCAACAAGUUUCACAAAUACCAUUCCUGACUAG